AUGCUUCCCGCCGAUAAGCCGUUGAGCGAUCUGCUAGGGGAUGGCGAAAUACUCCUCGAGCUCGCCUGUUUGGUGCAGCAGUUGCUUGCGCCCGACGCCCCCCCUUCCGCCAGUGUCCCCCUGACUCCGAACUUUGACUCCGCCCCGCCUGCAAAACCUCCCGCCGCCGCCACUGCCGAGAGUGGUGCCGCUGUUGCCGCCGCCGCUGCGGCUGCUGAUGUUGCUGACAGUGCUGCUGAGGGUGGUGUUGGUGUUAGUGCUCGUGGUGACAGCAGCAGCAGCAGCGCGAACGGGGGCUGUUCCAGUGAGGAGAGUGGUGGAUCGGGCUUUAAGCGCGCGUACUGGCACGCGUGCACCAACGUGGAACGAUUUCUCAAGGUGAGCGAUGGUCUGUCUUCAAAGUCACCGAGGGUGAGUGAGGCCCUUGUGAGGCCUCUUAACAGUGAGCGCGCGUACUGGCAUGCAUGCACCAACGUGGAGCGCUUUCUCAAGGUGUGUCGGCGGGUGGGUCUGAGGGACGUAUCGCUCUUCACCUCGCCCGACCUCGUGGAUGGCCGGGACGAUCAGCACCUCCUUACGCCCAUGUCCCCGGUGUGUCGGCGGGUGGGUCUGAGGGACGUAUCACUCUUCACCUCGCCAGGCCUCGUGUGUCGGCGUGUGGGUCUGAGGGACGUAUCGCUCUUCACCUCGCCAGACCUCGUGGAUGGCAGGGACGUUCGGCGCGUCUGCCUGUGCCUGCGCACGCUGUCCAAGCGACUCGUGGGCAUCCGGGAUUUCGACGGCAUAAUGGUGACUUUUGAGUCGACUCAAAACUCUUCCUGCGCCUUUAUUUCCCAUGCCAUGCCUUCCUCUCCUUCUGAGUCGACUCAAAAGUCGCCUUUAUUUCCCAUGCCUUCCUCUCCUUCUGAGUCGACUCAAAAGUCGCCUUUAUUUCCCAUGCCUUCCUCUCCUUCUGAGUCGACUCAAAAGUCGCCUUUAUUUCCCAUGCCUUCCUCUCCUUCUGAGUCGACUCAAAAGUCGCCUUUAUUUCCCAUGCCUUCCUCUCCUUCUGAGUCGACUCAAAAGUCGCCUUUAUUUCCCAUGCCUUCCUCUCCUUCUGAGUCGACUCAAAAGUCGCCUUUAUUUCCCAUGCCUUCCUCUCCUUCUGAGUCGACUCAAAAGUCGCCUUUAUUUCCCAUGCCUUCCUCUCCUUCUGAGUCGACUCAAAAGUCGCCUUUAUUUCCCAUGCCUUCCUCUCCUUCUGAGUCGACUCAAAAGUCGCCUUUAUUUCCCAUGCCUUCCUCUCCUUCUGAGUCGACUCAAAAGUCGCCUUUAUUUCCCAUGCCAUGCCUUCCUCUCCUUCUGAGUCGACUCAAAAUCCCCGUCAACUCGCCUCCCCUCUCUCACUGCCUCCCUCUCCCUCAUACCUGUUCUCUUCCACUCCUCCCCUCUUCCCCAUUUUUACCCGCCGUCUCCCAUUUUAACUCCUGGGUUUUUUCACAGCCGGACCACCUGAGCAGCCCCCGCAGAGUGGCCUCGCCCCUCUCCCGCACUCACUCCAACGCCUCCUCUACCUCCACCGCUCUCCACAGCACUCACUCGCUCUCCCGCCACAGUCACACUCGCGGCAGUCACCGCAGCCACAGUCACGCGCUGGGGCUGGUGGGGGAAGGGGAGGGCGAGCAGAGGCGGCGAGGCGUGUGGGACCUGGUUGCUGCUGCUGGUGCAGUGGCUCUGGUGGGCGGAGCGAUGGUUCUGGCGAAUAGGAGUAACAGACGAACGCGGGAGGAGAGGAGGAGGCGAGCGCUGGAGUAUGAGAGGCCGAGCUUCACGGACCACAUUGCGCAGCGGCCUCACCUCGGCAUGGGCUUUGGCGGGGUGUUUGAGCUCAACUUUGGGGAUACGCCUGUGGCGGCCACCGACGUUCCAGGCGGCGAGGGGGACGAGGGCAUUGAAGGGGGGAGGGAGAGGGGUAGGGCGGGGGGCAGAGAUGGGGGGAGAGAGGGGGGGGGCGGAUCUGGCGGCUGGGGAGGAGGAGCGGGCAGGGCUGGGCAGACGGGAAGCACGUCGCCCCUGGUUCAUGUCCCUCGGCUCGCAGCGGAACUCAACCUCAACGGGAGAAGCAAGAAGCACCACCAGCACAACCGGCAGCAGCAGCAACGCCACCAGCAGCAGCGGAGGGUGGCGGAGGGGGCCCAAGCCGCUGCCGAGGUGGCAGCAGGCGGAGCUGGUGUUGAGGCAGCAGCGGGAGAUGGUCAUUCGCCGCCUGCAUGGGGACCGCCGCUCCAUGGCUGA